AUGGCUGACAAGAUGCCCUUCUACCCUUCCGAGCGAUACCUCGCCAGCGAAGAGGUGCCGCGCAACUUUGCCGUCAUCGCCGACAAGCAGUACGGCCUCGUUGGGCCGCAGCGCUCAAACAUCAUGUUUGACUGCAUGCGUGUCAUGAACCAUAUUCUUUCUGAGGAGGAGUUUGGGAGAAAGUGGGAGAGCAUGCGGGUGGUGGACAUGAGACAGUAG